AAGGUGGUGAAGAACAAGGCUUAUUUCAAGCGUUAUCAAGUGAAACUAAAGCGUAGACGUGAAGGCAAAACUGAUUAUUAUGCAAGGAAGCGUUUGACGGUUCAGGACAAAAACAAAUACAAUACACCUAAGUAUAGAUUGAUCGUACGUUUCACCAACAAGGAUAUCAUUGCACAGAUUGCUUAUUCAAGAAUCGUAGGUGAUGUGGUUGUUUGCGCUGCUUAUGCACAUGAAUUGCCACGUUACGGGAUCAAGGUUGGUUUGACGAACUAUGCAGCGGCAUACGCAACCGGUCUGUUGUUAGCCAGACGUCAUCUGGCCAAGCUGGAGAUGGCCGAUACCUACAAAGGUGUUGAAGAGGUCGAUGGCGAGGAUUACAAUGUGGAACAAGAAGGCGAACGAGCACCUUUCCGUGCUGUCUUGGAUAUUGGCCUGGCAAGAACCACUACUGGUGCUAAAAUAUUUGCCGUUAUGAAAGGUGUUGCCGAUGGUGGUAUUGAUGUACCUCAUAGGUAA